AAUAACUAUAAUCACUGCGCAUUUUACAUUAUCCUCUUCCAAGAUGUACACAUUACACGCUCUUCUACACGAGAUAGGGCAUGCCCUCCGACAACGGAAAGUAGAGUUGUUUGUGCGAUAAUUCUAGAGAGAGAAAAUCAAACAUUUGAGAGAUUUUCUCGUCUGCCCAUAGUAAAAUAUAUUCAUUUUAUUGCCCCCAUUCUAAUUCUUGAGUGCCCCUUUUAAAAAUUUUAAGCAGUAGUGGAAUGGAGAGUGUUAAAAGAGAAGAAACAGGGCCAAGUGCUUCAGUGAGAGAAGAGAAGAAAAAGGAAAAUGAAGAGGGCUUUGAUUUUGAAGAAGAGGGUUUUGAUGAAAUGGAUCAAGAGAAUAAAAAGGUUUUUGAGAAUUUUAAUCCUGGUCCUCUUCUUCCUCUCAAAGAACAGAUUGAAAAAGACAAGGAGGAUGAGAGCUUAAGAAGAUGGAAGGAGAAGCUUCUUGGCUGCUUGGAAAGUGAUUUAAAUGGACAAAUGGAGCCUGAAGUUCAAUUUCAAUCAGUCGGAAUCAUAUCUUCUGAUUUUGGUGAGCUCAAUAGUCCCUUGCCUAUUACUGAAGACCAGCGCAAGCAUGUACUUUUUAGUCUCAGAGAGGGCUCUGAUUACAGCCUUAAGCUAACAUUCACAGUUCUUCACAACAUCGUGUCUGGCCUGGCCUACACAAAUACAGUUUGGAAGUCUGGACUCCAAGUUGAUCAAAGCAAAGGUAUGUUGGGCACUUUUGCUCCUCAACGAGAACCAUAUGUACACACCUUAGAGGAGGAGACGACUCCAUCUGGGGCACUUGCGAGAGGAAUAUAUACAGCUAAGCUUAAGGUGUGUGUAGUUGUAAUGUGACGUGUGAUUUUUCUUUAACCAAUAAUUUAUGGCCUGUUUGACAAAGCUUUUGAAAAGUCAAAAGUUGCUCUUGAGGCUAAGAAACUGAUUUUAAACAUGUUUGGAUAAUUCUAUGAAAGUACUUUAUGAGACUAAAAGAGGUUUUAGAGGAAGCUGGUAGGCACUCGACUAGAUCCCUUUGGUUAAUAGAAAAAUAUGGUAAGUUUCGUUGAGGCUACUUU